UUGUCAAAUCUAAAAAAUCAAAAUGCUUCAGAUUUAGUCAAAAUUCAAUAUUAAAAUCUAGGUUACAGUGGAUUUAAUGUAUAGUACACGCCAUUCGAAUGAAUAAAUUUCAUAAAAGCGACAAAAUACUCUAAGUGACAGUAAAGUGUUUUUAAUUACAUAUUGCUAGAAAUAUUUUUUCAGCACAAUACUCUCAAAUUUUAUUUAUAAAUAUUGUAACCCAAACAUUAAUUGUCUUGAAGCUUGAAAUUCUUUUCAUGGAGUUCUCGUAAUAAUUUAUUAAUUACAAUGGAAGCUACCCGAAGAUCAUGGAAACUACAAGAAUUUGUUGCACACAAAGCAAAUGUCAAUUGCCUAGCAAUGGGACAUAAGUCCAAUCAGGUUUUAGCAACUGGAGGAGAUGACAAAAAAGUAAAUUUAUGGGCAAUUGGAAGACAAAGUUGUUUAAUGAGUCUUAGUGGACAUACAACCCCUGUAGAAUGUGUGUGUUUUGGUCAUUCAGAAGACUUAGUAUGUGCUGGUUCACAAACUGGUGCCUUAAAAAUUUGGGAUUUGGAAGCUGCUAAACUGUUAAGAACAUUCACAGGGCACAAAGGAGCCAUUAAGUGUAUGGAUUUUCACCCAUAUGGUGAUUAUCUAACUACAGGUUCUUGUGACAGUAAUGUUAAACUAUGGGACACUAGAAAGAGAGGAUGUAUUGUAACUUAUUCUAGUCAUAGACUUGCUGUCAAUAGCCUGCAGUUUAGUCCCGAUGGACAGUGGAUUGCAUCUGCAUGUGAAGAUGGUAUUGUGAAAGUGUGGGAUGUCCGCAUAGGUAAAGUACUACAAGAGUUCACUGAACACACUUCAGCUGUGACUUCAGUCAAAUUUCAUCCACAUGAAUUCCUGCUUGCAAGUUGCAGCACGGACAGGACAGUAAAUUUUUGGGAUAUGGAAAAAUUUCAACUGGUCUCCAAGUUUCAAAAGGAUAACACAUCUAUCAGGCACAUGGUAUUCAGUGAAGAUGGUGGAACUUUGCUUGGGUGUGCUAAUGACGGCCUGCAUGUGAUCGGUUGGGAACCUGCUCGAGUAAUGGACACUGUAACUGGACAUUGGGGUCAGAUUCAUGAUUUAACAGUGGCUCAUACACAAUUGAUUGCUGCAUCAUUUCAUUCAACAUAUGUUGUGUUAACAGUUGUGGACUUGAGCAAAGUUCAUCCAUUUGGUGGACCUCCGCCGGUUUCUCCUCCGAUCAUUAGAGAUCUAUCGCCAUUUCAAAAAGGACACUCUGUUCGUAAAAGUUUCUCAAAAGAAAAACCACAAAAAGAAGUUUUACAUAGACCAACACUUUUAGACGAGAAAACUGCCGAAGAAUCAACAUCAGGUACAGAAGCUGAUGAGGAUUCAGGCGCAGUCAUAUCAAAUUUUAAUGACUACACUGAAAUAUUUCGUCCCUCCCGAGCAUUGAAUAGAACGCCGCCUCCAGCAACAAGUUUAUCUUCCGAUGAUUAUUCAUUAUCAGGACACGAGUCAGUGGAGAAGGAUACCGUAGUAAGUGACACGCUUCGUGAGCUGGUACUGAGUGAACCAUCACGACCGCUGCCUAUACCCUCGCCGCCGCAACGACAUCGUACUGAGCAUUAUUCACGGAUACCCACUUCCACUAAAGAACACUAUACAGUGAUUGAAAAGAAAACUGAGAGCUUUACUAGGGUGAUGGACAACACUAAAGAAGAGAAAAUGUUUGCUACAUCUCCAACAUCAACCUUGAGAGAUUACACUGCCAAUAGUAUAACUUCAAGUUCACUCAAUAGACAUAAUUCAUACAAAGAAACUAAAUCAUCUACAGACUUGACCACAAGUAACCUUAGACCCAGUAAUAGUGACAUGUCGUUGGGCCCGCCAUCAUUAGGUCCCAGAUCGUUAUCUUUCACACGAACUUCGAGUGAAACGUCGAGACGCCGGGUCGACAGCGUUCAUGAUAAUGUGACCGUAAACCGAAGUGUAGACGCUGCGGAUCGUGAGUCUGAGCCAGAAUUUAUUCCGUACAACACAGACAGGCCGGUUGGGCUCGACCUAGAUGAGUUUUUACCCCGAGGAGUGCGCGAGGGUGGGACUAGACGCGGGCCACGCGGAGUAGUCGUGGAGCCUAGCGAGCAGGAAGUCCUCGGCGUCAUGAUGCGGGGACACGACUCUAUGAUGGCCGUGCUCACUGCGAGGCAGAGAGCUUUACAGAUAUUUCAUUCAGUGAGAGUAAAUAAGAGUUUAAAAACAGCUUUAGAAUCUGUCAUUGCUCUGGAAGACACUUCAGUGAUCCUGGAUAUCUUGAAUGUCAUGGCACAUAAACCGUCUCUGUGGAAUUUGGAUAUAUGUUUAUUAAUGUUGCCCAAAAUAUUUGAACUCCUACAAAGCAAAUAUGAAUCAUACAUGCAAUGUGGUUGUAAUGCAUUAAGACUCAUAGUGCGCAACUUCUCCUCGGUGGUUCGAGCGAAUGUGAGUGCUCCUGUGAGAACUCUUGGGGUAGACAUACCUCGUGAAGAACGAUAUUCAAAGUGUAUGCAAAUACAUCGACUCUUGCUUGAUGUCCGAGCCUUCUUACUUAAGCGCCAGACACUUCAAGGUAGACUUGGCGCUGCCUUCAGAGACCUUCACACCUUGAUGCAACAGGGUUUAGAUUGAUUCAACUGCUUUCGUCAUCAUAUAUAAGUAUCAAUCAGUACUCUGAAUAAAUAAGGCGAAAGACUAAAGUAUGAUGAUACAAAGACAUAUUUUUAUAAUGAAUUUUUGAACAGUAAUAAAUUUUGACAAAUCAUAAAUAUAUACAAUAGGACAAAUACAAGAUGUUAAAUUUUUGACCUAAUUCAGUUUGAUUGAAGAAAAUUAAUUUUGAUUAAUGAGAACAUUGUCAGUUUGUGAGGAAACAAGAAUAAAUUUUUAUUAUAACCACACACUGUAUUUGGCCAUUUCUCUUCAAGCAAUUGAUGAACAAAAUAAAU